AUGCGCUCUUUAUCCAUCCCGCUCUCAACGCUAGCCCUACUUCUCACCCACUCGCUAUUGACGACCGCAACCCCGCUUGCACUGGAGGAAACUCUCCUCGAAAGGAGCAGCUGCGCAAACCCCUGUGGCUACAACGACUGGCUUUGCUGUGAAACCGGACAAACAUGCACAACCAACAGUGACAACCAAGCCGUCUGUGCGGAUAGUGGCAGUGGGAGCUACCAAUACUUCACCACCAUCUACACGCUUACCGAAACCGACAAAUCAACCAUCACCUCAGUAUGGAGUAGCCAGAUCGCCGCAGCGACCAGCACAGGCACCUGCAGAGUCGACCUCGGCGAAACGAAGUGCGGUACGAGAUGUUGCGAGGCUGCGCAGGAGUGCGAUAACGGCGAAUGUGUUGCAGAGAGUUCCUCGGUUGCGAUUACUGCCACAGAAUCAGGCGCAGAGGCUACACCCGGAGUCCGACAGACGAGCAACGGCGCCAGCACCGUAACGCAGACAUCGGCACCCACCACAACCGAAGGCUUCACCGCACCUGUCGGAACAGACGGGGCAGAUUUGAUCGGCGUCAAGGCUGCAAACAGUGGCGGAGGAUUGAGCGGUGGUGCAAUUGCAGGAAUCGUCAUUGGCACGAUCGCCGGUGUGAUCUUGUUGCUGCUCCUUUGCGCCUGUCUGUGUUUCAAGGGUGCCAUCGAUGGCUUACUUGCAGCGCUCGGGUGCGGCAAGCGUCGUAAGAGAGAGACGACAUAUGUUGAAGAACGACACUCGCACCACUCGCACGGUAGUCGACCUCCUCCUGCGGGCCGGACGUGGUUCGGAAGCAGACCUCAUGGCGGUAGUGAAGUCAGCGAGAAGAAGUCCAAAUUUGGCUGGGGCACUAUCGCCAUUGUUCUCGGUGCUCUUGCUCUCUGUCUGGGAUUAAAGAGACGCAAGGAUAGAGAUCACGAUGAUGAUAAGACGGAAUCUUCAUACCCCAGCUCGUACUAUUACUAUUCUGACUAUUACACGAAUAUGCUAGUUCAGACCGGCGGACUCGCGAUACACGACGAUCACGACGAUCGCGCACUCGCUCAGGCCGUGGUUGAUGGAUAUCUCCGUCUGAUAUGA